UGAUGGAACUGAUAAAAGUAUUACACAUUUCUGUUGCUUUUUUCUUCUUGUUCUUUUCUAUUAACUGUCAAUGUCAUCCUUUAGACCCUCUUAAUCCUGAUGAAAUCAACAAAAUUAGAGUCAUUAUCCAAAAAUCCCACCUUGGUUCCCUUUCAAAUGUAACAUUUCAUUAUGUAGAUCUUGAUGAACCAGAAAAGAAUGAUGUCCUACAUUGGCUUUCCUCUCAUAAAUUACACAAUGCCUCUUUUCCUUAUCGUCGAGCCAGGGUAGUAGUUCGCGCUAAUGGUGAGACACAUGAACUCACACUAGACUUGGCUACUAGCUCUAUCAUAUCACAAAAGUUGUACUUAGGUCAUGGCUUUCCUCCUUUUACUCUCAAUGAACUUAUACAGUCUAGCAUCCUGCCAUUGAGUAAUCCUAAAUUUCAAGAAUCGAUUACACGGAGGGGAUUGAAUAUAUCUGAAGUCAGCUGCAUACCACUAUCAGUUGGAUGGUUUGGUCAGGUAAAGACCAUUAGAGUUCUUAGUGUUCCAUGUUUUUAUCUUGGAGGAACUACUAACUUUUGGGCAAGGCCUAUUGAAGGAAUAACUAUACUAGUAGAUGUUGAAUCAAUGAAGAUUAUUAAGUAUUUGGAUAGAUUCAGAUCCCCAUUGCCUGAAGCAAAAGAUGCUGAUUUCAAUUCGUCGAGCCAGGGAUCAGUUACUUGCAAUGAAACAGGAUCCUCCAGGAUAAACAUCCAAGGUCAUGAAGUCAGUUGGGCUAAUUGGAAACUUCAUGUUGGAUUCAAUACUAGAGCAGGGAUGAUCAUUUCUACAGCUUCUAUAUUCGAUGCUGUGAGAAAUGAAUAUCGACGUGUACUCUAUAAAGGUCAUGUCUCUGAGAUAUUCGUGCCUUACAUGGAUCCUACGUUUGAAUGGUACUACAGGACAUUUAUGGAUGUUGGUGAAUUUGGUUUUGGGAGAUCGGCUAGCACCCUUGUCCAGUCGUUGGACUGUCCAAACAAUGCGGUGUAUAUGGAUGGUUACAUGGCUGAUUCAGCAGGUCAAGUAGUACAAGUCCCUCGUGCUAUUUGCAUUUUUGAACGAUAUGCUGGUGAUGCUGCAUGGAGGCAUACAGAAAUCGGAAACACCAAGGGACAGAAAGAAGUUAAUUUGGUGAUCAGAAUGGUAGCAACAGUUGGAAAUUAUGACUAUAUACUUGAUUGGGAGUUCAAACAAAGUGGAUCCAUUAGAGUUGGAGCAAGUCUAACAGGGAUUAUGGAGAUGAAGGCUGUGGAAUACACGAACAACGAUCAAAUAAAUCAGGAUGUUUACGGUACUCUUGUGGCAGAAAACACAAUUGCAGUGAACCAUGAUCAUUUCCUUACAUACCGCAUUGAUCUUGAUGUGGAUGGUAGUAAAAAUUCAUUCUUGAAAGCCAAACUGAAAACUACAAGAGUGAAAGACCAAAAUAUGUCACCAAGGAAGAGUUACUGGAGUGUUGUUAAAGAAACUAUGAAAACAGAAUCUGAAGGCAGGACACAACUUGGGAUUGAAGCAGCUGAAUUGUUGUUUGUUAAUACUGAAAAGAAGAGUAAAGUUGGAAAUGAUGUAGGUUAUAAGCUAAUUCCUAGUAGACCAUCUAUGUCUUUGUUAACAGAUGAUGAUUACCCUCAAAUUAGAGCAGCUUAUACUAAGUAUCAACUGUGGGUGACUCCUUACAACAAAUCAGAAAGAUGGGCUGCUGGAUUUUAUGCUGAUAGAAGUCAUGGUGAUGAUGGACUCACAGUCUGGAGUGGAAGGAAUAGAUCAAUUGAAAAGAAGGAUAUUGUGCUUUGGUACACACUUGGAUUUCAUCAUGUACCUUGCCAAGAAGAUUAUCCUAUAAUGCCAACGAUCUAUGAUGCUUUUGAGCUCCGGCCAACAAAUUUCUUUGAAAGAAACCCAUUGUUGGACUAUUUUUUCCGUAAGAUUCCAACAACUCAUGGUGUAACAAUGGUUUCUUGGAAAAUCCUGUUAUGGCUUGUCUCAAUUUAUCUUACAUUUAUUAGCUCUUUCUGUCAAGAAACUACAAAUAUUGUCCCUCUUGGUUCCAAUAUCACAGCUGGAACUGAAUCUUCACACUGGCUUUCAUCCUCCGGAGAUUUUGCUUUUGGUUUCUACCAGCUUAACAGUACUGGACUAUUCCUUAUUGGCAUAUGGUUUGAUAAAAUCCCCGAUAAAACUCUCGUUUGGUCAGCCAAUCGCGAUGAUCCAGUUCAUGCUGGAUCAAAGGUUAAUCUAACUUUGAGUGGACGCCUUGUGUUGACAGAUACUAAUGGGAGAGAGUUUGUUUUGUACAAUGGCACAGGCACUAGUCAUGCUACUAUGCAAGAUGAUGGAAAUUUUGUCCUGAAAAAUUCAUCCUCAGGUGUCUUGUGGGAAAGCUUUGAUUUCCCAACAGAUACAAUUUUGCCUGGUCAAUAUCUUGAUAUGGGGCAGGCGCUGUUUUCCAGUGCCAAUGGGACAGUAGAUUACUCGACGGGGAAGUAUAGACUACUGGUGCAGACUGAUGGGAAUGUGGUCUUGUCUGCAUAUAGAACUGCUGAUUUUGGCUACUGGAAUUCUAUAACUGCAAACAAUAAAAAUGUAAGACUGGUUUUCGACAACACCAGUGAUACUUUGUUCAUUACAAAUGGAAGCUCAAUCAUAUCCAACAUGACAUUGACAGCGAACUUGCCUGAUUCAGUUCGAGAUUAUUACCACAGAGCUAUGAUCACUGAUAAAGGAGAUUUCCAACAGCUCUUCCACAGAAAAAUAAAUGGGAGCGGUUGGAAUGUUGCGAUGCAAGUUAUUGUGAAGCCUUGUAUUGUGAAUAACAUUUGUGGUGUAUAUGGCUUUUGCCAAUCACCAGACAAUAAGGAAGUCAAUUGUAGUUGCUUGCCAGGCUAUUCUCCAAGGGAUCAGUACACUCCAUCUAAAGGAUGUUAUCCGAAUGAGAUGAAAGAUUUUUGUGAUCCGAAUUCUUCCCUUUCGGAUGUCUAUGUUGAAAGGAUCUCUAAUGCUGAUUUCCCUGAUAGGAUGUAUGCUGAACUAGAAAGGGUAUUUGAUACUACAGAGGAGCUUUGCAGGCAGGAAGUGUUGAAUGAUUGUCUUUGUGAGGCAGCUGUGUUUAAUGAUUCAACAUGUUUCAAGAAGAGGAUGCCUAUACAGAAUGCCAGAAGUAUUAAUCCUGAUACAAAUAACAUGGUUGCAUUUCUUAAAAUUAGCAACUCUUCAAUAACUCAAAACAAAAAGCACUCUCUAUCAAAGGGUGUUUUGGUAGCUGGUGUGACAGUAUGUUCAGUACUCGCUCCGCUUUUUGCAGCAAUUGCUAUAUAUUAUCACCCUUUUGUGAAGAAACAUAGAGAUGCCAAAACCCCUCCAAAAAGAAAGGCAAUUGAGAUGAAUUUAAGGGCAUUUUCGUUCCAGCAGCUGCACGAAGCCACCAACGGUUUCAAGAAUAAAUUAGGCCAAGGGGCUUCUGGUGCUGUUUAUAGCGGAAUUCUCAAGUUAGAGGAUGAAGAAGUUGAAGUUGCUGUGAAGAAAUUAGGAAAUGGAAUUGAACAAGGUGAUGAUAAAGAAUUUUUGGCAGAAGUAAGGGUGAUAGGCCUAACACAUCACAAAAAUCUGGUUCAUUUGUUAGGCUUCUGCAAUGAAAAAAGCAACAGGCUUGUUGUUUAUGAAUUAAUGAAAAAUGGGGCUGUGUCAAAUUUGAUCUUUCGGGAUGGACAAAAACCAAGCUGGAAGCUAAGAAGUGACAUGGUACUUGACAUUGCCAGAGGCCUGUUAUACUUGCAUGAAGAGUGUGAGAACCAGAUCAUUCAUUGCGACAUUAAGCCACAAAAUAUCCUUCUUGACAAGAACAACACUGCCAAAAUUGCUGAUUUUGGUCUUGCAAAGCUUCUUAUGAAAGACCAGACGCGAACAAACACGAAUUUUAGAGGAACCAUGGGUUAUAUGGCACCAGAAUGGCUAAAAAACGUGCCCGUGACAACCAAAGUUGACAUCUACAGCUUUGGUGUUUUGCUGCUUGAGAUUAUUUUCUGCCAAAGGCACAUGGACUUGAACCCAAUCGGCCAAGAAAAUGAAGAGCCCGAGUUGAUCUUAGUCGAUUGGGUUCUUCAUUGUAUGAGAAACAAGAAGCUGAGAGCUGUUGCUAGUCUUGAUGAAGAAAUUAUGUUACAUUUUCACAAUUUUGAGAGGAUGACUAUGGUUGGCCUAUGGUGCUUGUGUCCUGAGCCGAAUCUUCGACCAUCUGCAGCAAAGCUUGUUCAGAUGUUGGAAGGAACUAUAGAACUAGGUGUUCCUCCUAUGGUUGAUACAACUAUAUGAGUCAUUUUCUGUAUUAUCUUGUAAUUUUUCCAACAAUUAUCAUUCUGUUUUAUUAGUCAUUAGACCUGGUUAAAUUUCAUUGUUUUUUCUCAU